AGCAGGGGAGCGGCGAAGCGGGGCGCAGCCCGGCUCCCAGAAGGAGGAGGGGGGGGGAGCUUGAUCUGGGCCGCCUCGAGCCCGCACCGGAGACGAGCUAUAAAGUUCCGCGCGGACUUUUGCAGCGAAGUGGGAGCAGCUGCCCGGGAAGACGCAUCCACCCACCCCGGCGUUGCUGCGCCCUGCCUGGGUAGCGCGCUCUAGCCGGAGCCAGUCCGGAGCGGAGACGGGAGACGGGGGCAUGGCUGCGCAGGGGGUGCGCCCCGCGUUCGGCUUGCUGGCCGUGAGCGGCUGGCUCCUGGCCAUGGCACAGGUGGAUUCUGAUGACACGAUUACCACGGAGGAGCAGAUUUAUCUUCUCCUGGAAGCCAAAAUCCAGUGUGAACUGAACAUCACUACCCAACUACAAGAAGGAGAGGGUAACUGCUUUCCAGAAUGGGAUGGACUAAUAUGCUGGCCUAGGGGCUCACUGGGAAAAAUGUUGGCUGUUCCAUGCCCUCCUUAUAUAUAUGACUUCAAUCACAAAGGGGUGGCUUUCAGGCACUGUAGCCCUAAUGGAACAUGGGACCUUGUGCAGGGUUUGAACCGAACGUGGGCCAAUUACUCAGACUGCCUUCGCUACUUACAGCCAGAAAUCAGCUCGGGGAAGCGGGAAUUCUUUGAACGUCUCUACAUUAUGUACACUGUUGGAUACUCUAUGUCCUUCAGUUCUCUGGCAGUGGCUGUUUUCAUCAUUGGCUACUUCAGGAGGCUGCACUGCACCAGGAAUUGCAUCCACAUGCAUCUCUUUGUCUCUUUCAUGCUAAGAGCUGCCAGCAUCUUUAUCAAGGACAAAGUUGUGCAUACGCACAUAGGCGUCAAAGAACUGGACUCUCUGCUGAUGAGUGACCUCCGGAGCGCUGUAGUGGCACCUGCAAUUGACAAGUCACAAUACGUGGGGUGCAAGAUUGCGGUUGUGAUGUUUAUUUACUUCUUGGCCACCAACUACUAUUGGAUCCUGGUUGAAGGCCUCUACCUGCACAGCCUAAUCUUUGUGGCUUUCUUUUCGGAUACCAAAUACCUGUGGGGCUUCACCUUGAUAGGCUGGGGAUUUCCGGCUGUGUUUGUAGGAGCCUGGGCAGUGGUCCGUGCAACGCUGGCAGAUGCAAGAUGCUGGGAGCUCAGUGCCGGCGCUAUCAAAUGGAUUUACCAAGCACCGAUAUUAGCAGCCAUUGGGCUGAACUUCAUUCUGUUCCUGAAUACUGUACGAGUUCUGGCAACCAAAAUAUGGGAGACAAAUGCUGUUGGGUAUGACACAAGGAAACAAUACAGGAAGCUAGCAAAGUCCACCUUGGUUCUGAUUCUGGUCUUCGGGGUGCAUUAUAUUGUCUUUGUGUGCCUACCGCACACGUUCACUGGGUUGGGAUGGCAGAUCCGAAUGCACUGUGAACUAUUCUUCAACUCUUUCCAGGGUUUCUUCGUCUCUAUCAUCUAUUGUUACUGCAACGGAGAGGUUCAGACUGAGAUCAAGAAGACUUGGACUAGAUGGAACCUGGCUAUUGACUGGAAAAGGACGACUCCAUGUGGCAAUUACAGAUAUGGCUCCGUCCUCACCAACAUGACCCUCAGCACCAGCAGCCAGUCUCAGAUGGUGGCCAGCUCCCGCAUGGUUCUGAUUUCCAGCAAAGUCUGCAGAAAUGCCAGUAGGCAAAAUGAGGCGCACAUGAAUUUGCCUGGGUAUGUUAGGAGCAAUUCUGAACAGGACUGUGUGCACCACUGGGUUCAUGAAGAGGCCAAUGAAGAUGAAGAGAAGCAGGUGGAUGAUAUAUCGCUCAAGGAGUCACUUAGACCGCAGGGUAGUAGCACAGACCCUGAGGGGAACAGGGUAGAAAUGGAGGAGGCUCUGUGAACAGUCAUGGACAUUCAUGGGCAUGUCCAAUCUAAAACGGGUUGAAUCCUCUCAUGAUGCCAACAGCUACUAGUAUCCAUAUACUGCCUUGAGCCAAUCUCAGUGAAGAUCUUGGUCAAUGGUGAAGCUUAAUUUACAAGGACUCCAGACCUACAUAAUGCUGCUGACUACACAAAAUGGUUUCUAUGCCACAAAUGUCAAAGGCACAAAAAUGUGAAUUUUUAGCACUUACACUACCUGCAUUACACUUCAAACUCCGUACAGCAGACACAUCUUAGAUGUUUUCUGCAAAUGCUCUUCUGAAGGCAUGUGAAAGGUGACUCCUCCAUUUGUACACCUGAAAGGAAAAGAGGAAUGGAUAUCAGAAGGUUUACAGUAUAUGCAUUUGAAUGGAUUCUCUGGACUCCAAAAUGUCUUAGCUGUGAAUCACAGAGCUGGGAAAAACUUUAAAAGGGUUUUCAUCCAGUACCUAGUGAACUUUGAUCUCAACGCGGAAUGUUUCAAAUCAUUGUUUUUAAACUGAGAUGCUACUUACGUUUGAUUAUUUAUACUAUUGCUUUAGUUUGUUUUAUGGAAACAUCCAAACCAAAACCUCAUGUACUAUGUGACCUAAAUUCUGUAAUGAGACAGCCCCUGCUGCAUGCACUGAGCUCUGCAAUGAUUUGGGAAUUAAGUGGCAAUACUAACUGAAUAUGAAAUCAUUUGAAAACCUUCCGGGUAAGUGAAAUAAUUCUAAAAAGAGCACCAGAAAAUGUAAAUAUAAUUAGUGCCCUGUAGUGGAGGAAUGUUUCCUGCUGUAUGUCGACCUCUGAAAGACUUUGAUGUUGGACAGUGAAUGGGUUUGUGCCCACUGAAUCUCCAUAAAACAUCAAAAGAAACCGUGAUUGGGUUAAUACAGGCCUGAGCUACUUCAGCCAGCUUUAGUACUGUCAAAAGCACUUUCAUUAAACACAUUAAGGUCUUUGCCAGAUACUUACUUCCUGUUGGCCAACUUUGGUCCAAAGAUCCUUGCGCUGAGAUCAAAUUCUUCCACUGGGACACAAUCCCACUCCAUUCUUCCAUGGAUUUCCAAGUAGUGGAGUUCUACUCGGGGGGAUUGGAUGCAUAAGAUGGCAGCUGCCUACGCCACGUCUCUCCACGGACCCUUUAAGUGCACCCCUCUGGCAAGCUUCUGCUAUCCAGGCACUUUUUCAUUGCUUCAGCUCAAAUGUGGUGGUGGACAUGGUAUAACAAUCUGAUAGAAUAGCUAAGGAGCUCCUGCAUGCCUCACCAUGAUGGCCCAGGUAGGGGGAACUCAGCAGAGAUCCCUUAAAUGGACACUCAAUGGCUCUCAUUGUGGUGGGAUAGUGCUGCAGUCCGUGCCUCAGUCUCGACUCUUAGAAAGAUUUCACCCUUGCUCUACUCUGUCAUAACAAGGGCAACAGUGGAGGGGAAAGCCCAGAAAAUGCGCUGAAUUCCUCCCUUGUGGGAAAAACGCACACCACGGCCUAGGGGUGAAGAUGGCAGCAAAAGGGCCAUUUUUGCAGGUGCUGCUGUGUACGCUGAACCACUUGGGGAGGGGUGGAAGGUGCAGUAUGCAGCCAUUCGCAUCUCCACAUAUUUCAUCGUCACUAUUGAGAAUUACCAGAGUGUGCUGUAAAACAUUGAAACGUUUUUUAAAUGACUGGAUUUGGGGGUAAGGGGUGAAAAUAGUUUUUAAAUGUCACCUGAGUGUAAAUUGAGCCGAAAAGACUGAGAUAACUAAUGAACCAAUGAUCUGUUUGGUGUACAUUUGAAACUUACCAUGAACGGCAGUGCAUUUCUUCCUACAAGGCAUGAAAAUAAGAACAAGCCGUGGUGAUGCCAAGUACGCUCUCUGUGAACUGCAUGAUUUCACACAAAAAGUUCCAGAUCCCACAGCAACUUGGUUUAUCCCAACUGGAUUUGACAUGGGCUAAGUUCUAUCGUGUCUGAUUGAAACAUCUGAGGGCUGAUGCUGUGAAGUGCUAACUGAUGUUAGACGUCAAUUGUGCUGUUUCGGUGCUGUUGUUUAAUGAUUUUGUUGGGUAGCUAUUGUUCAGUGGCACAUGAGAGACAUUAAAAAAAAAUCUCCUUUU